CGAUGGCUGGGGCUGGGGCGGCGGGGCGGGCGGCGGCGCUGGUGCUGCUCUACUACGGCUUCUCCAUCGGCAUCACCUUCUACAACAAGUGGCUCAUGCAGAGCUUCGCCUUCCCGCUGUUCAUGACGCUGCUGCACCUGCUGGUCAUCUUCGUGCUCUCGGGGUUGGCCAGGCGCUGCUUCCGCCGCUGCUGCCACUCCGCCGCCGCCGGCCGCGCCCUCCUGCCCUGGCCCGCCUACCUGCGCCAGGUGGCCCCCACAGCGCUCUCCACCGCCCUGGACGUGGGGCUGAGCAACUGGAGCUUCCUCUACAUCACCGUCUCCCUCUACACCAUGACCAAGUCCUCGGCCGUCCUCUUCAUCCUCCUCUUCUCGCUGGUCUUCAAGCUGGAGGAGCCGAGAGCCGCCCUGGUGCUGGUGGUGCUGCUCAUCGCGGGGGGGCUCUUCCUGUUCACCUACAAAGCCACCCAGUUCGACACCGAAGGCUUCGCCUGGUGCUGGGCGCCUCCUUCCUGGGGGGCGUGCGCUGGACCCGGACCCAGAUCCUCCUGCAGAAGGACGAGUUGGGCCUCCAGAACCCCAUCGACACCAUGUUCCACCUGCAGCCGGCCAUGUUUCAGCCUCUUCCCCCUCUUUGCCGUGUUUGAAGGUCUCCCCUUGUCUGCGUCAGAGAAGCUGUUCCGCUUCCAGGAGGGGCGGCUGCUGCUGGAGCUGCUGGGGAAGCUGGUGCUGGGCGGGGUGCUGGCCUUCGGGCUGGGCUUCUCCGAGUUCCUCCUGGUCUCCAGGACCUCCAGCCUCACCUUCUCCAUUUCGGGGAUCUUCAAGGAAGUCUUCACCCUCUUCCUGGCCGCCCACCUGAUGGGAGACCAGCUCUCUCCCCUGAACUGGCUGGGCUUUGUCGUCUGCCUGCUGGGCAUCUCUCUGCACGUGUCCCUGAAGGCCCUCGGGGGGCCAAGCGGCACAAAGCACCCCCAGGGGCCUGGCUCCGCUGCAGACCUGGAGCUUCUGCUGCUGCUGGAUUCCCCGGAGGAGGAGGAGAAGCAGGAGGAGGAGGCGGCCGGGAGUGCCCCUCUGCUCUGAGCCACCCCUGGGGUGCUGCUGGGGGAUGGGGGGGGAUGGAUUGCUGGCUGGGGCAGAGAGUUUGGGGAGGGAGGGGGCUGGGCAGCAGGGCUGCUUCCGCCCCUCUCCCAGCCUUUGGUCGGCCUCGUGCCCCAGACUGACCGGGCCAGAAGGGUCAGGCCCUGGGGAGGCCUCCCGUACUGAGCACGCCUUACUACCUGGCACCUCGGCAAUGACUGCGGACGGCGAGGGCGGCUGCUUGGAAGGAGGGUUGGGCACCUGCCAGGAAAACCUGUGGCGGAGAUGCUUCGACGGGUCGGAAGUGCCCCAGAAGAGGGCGGCCUCCCUUUCCCUCCGGUGACCCCCCCUGGGGGAGACGUUGCUGUGGCCCAGGCCAGGAGGGCACCUGCGCCAAGAUGCCCCUGAGCAUUCAAGAGGAAGAGGACUCCGGGAGUGAUGGCCGGCCUGGAAAGGGGCAGCCAGGGGGCUGGACCUGCGUGCAGGGAAGAGCUCCCCUGGUACGACAGCCGGAUGCCCGUCUCGGGUGGCCUAGACUGAAGUGCCCACCUUAGUGAGGGCCCAGGGCAGAGGGAGGCGGGGCCUUGGUGGGCUCCCCUGCUGCAGGAAUCUAUGGGGCCAAAAG